GGACUCAUCGGUCUCUCCUCACACAGCGCCGAGUACCCCGACCUGCGGAAGCACAACAACUGCAUGGCCAGCAACCUGACGCCAGCCAUCUAUGCCAGGCUCUGUGACAAAGCAACCCCAAACGGCUGGACCUUGGACCAGUGCAUCCAGACGGGCGUUGACAACCCCGGCCACCCCUUCAUCAAGACUGUGGGCAUGGUAGCUGGCGAUGAAGAAACCUAUGAGGUGUUCGCCGACCUGUUUGACCCCGUGAUUCAGGAGCGGCACAAUGGAUACAACCCCCGCACCAUGAAGCAUGUCACAGACCUGGAUGCCACCAAGAUAAAGUUUGGCCACUUCGAUGAGCGCUAUGUGCUCUCGUCCCGGGUCCGGACUGGGCGCAGCAUCCGCGGGCUGAGCCUGCCGCCAGCCUGCACCCGCGCUGAGCGGCGAGAGGUGGAGAAGGUGGCGGUGGAGGCGCUGAACGGCCUCACCGGAGACCUGGCGGGCCGGUACUACCGCCUCAGCGAGAUGACGGAGAAGGAGCAGCAGCAGCUCAUUGAUGACCACUUCCUCUUCGACAAGCCGGUGUCCCCACUCCUGACGGCCGCAGGAAAGACC